AUGUGGCCAAGGGCGACCCCGCCCGUAUUCGUGUGCAGGCAGCACAGCAGUGCUGGUGUCACAGUGGCCACUGUGACCCGCGGGCCCAAGCCCAUAAAAAGGAGCGCUGGGCUCAGGCCGCGUGUCAGUGCGAACUGGCGAGCCUGCCUGCUAUGUCGCCGGGCAGACGCUGACCCGAACCUCUGUGGGCUCCUCCUGGAGGCACAAGGGCUCUGUGCCCAUUUGUAUUGCCUGUUGUUUGCCAACGAGCUUUUUCAGCGUCAGCCCAACAAUAAUGGACUCAUGGGAUUUCUCCCUGAGGACAUUCACCAUAUAGUGGAGCAGGCAGCACAGAAGAACUGUUUAGCAGAAACCAAUGAGAAACAGGGCUUACCCAAAACUAUUCACCACUCUGACAGAGUUAUGAAUCUUCCUUACAUGGUGUCCCAGUCUAAGGAGGAGAGUCUUCAACUGCAGAGCUGCUGCUCUGAGAACACCAACUUAAAGGGGGAAGCCAGGGGGUUCCCUAAGCUGAAUCUGAGUUGUGGUCAUUUAUGGCAGGGAUCCAGAAACUUCUCUCAACCAAAGCAUUUUUCCUUGGUCAAGGGUGCUGUCUCUCGACCAAGGGGUGUGUGCAUAACCAUAGUCAUCCAUCGGUCUAGAAGUUCCUGGUGCUUUUCGGGUGUGGUGUGGGGACAUCUGCCACACCUUCCCACCAGCUCUGGGACAACAGUCCCAGCAGCUUCGCAGAGACUCCAGCACAGGAGCCACGUCUGCCAGGCAGAGCUGCGGGGUGUGACAAGCAGCGGCCACGUCCUGGGCCCUGUCGGGAGCUGCGGGGCUGGCGGUGGCACCCUGAGGCUGCAGCUGACAGGGGCUGCUCUGCCCUUUCAGGACUGCUUCGUCUGCAGCGAGAGCGGGGCCACCAUCACCUGCCAGGAGAGAGGCUGCAACCGCAGCUUCCAUUUCCCCUGUGCCUUGGAGGGUGAAUGCGUCACCCAGUUCUUUCCUCAGUACAGGUCCUACUGCUGGGAGCACCGUCCCCAGCAGGAACUGCAGGCAGCUCCAGAGAACACCACCUGCCUCAUCUGCCUGGAGCCUGUGGAGGACACAACGUCCUACGGCACCAUGGUGUGCCCGGAGUGCCAACACGCCUGGUUCCACAGGGGCUGCAUCCAGGGACAGGCUACGGGCGCUGGCAUUUCUUGUUUCCAGUGCCCUCUCUGUCGAGAUAAGGAUCGUUUUGUCCCAGAAAUGUUCAGCCUGGGGAUCCGAGUCCCCCUCAGAAGGCCAUUGUGGGAGAACAACAAUGCAUAUGCCGACCUCGGUGACAGGCACAGCCGCUGCGAUGCCAGGGAGUGCCUUUGUCCCCAAGGCAGGGAGCACAGAGAGGAACGGGGGCCCUGGCAACUGCUCCUGUGCCGCUCCUGCGCUGCCGAGGGCACCCACAGAGGCUGCUGUGGCUUGAGGACCAGCGGGGCCCUCUGGGAGUGUGACAGCUGUGCUGGCCUGGGCACUGCCUCCAGUGCCAGCUCAGAGCUCGCUGGCCCCAGCACUGCCAGCCAGGCAGCACCAGGGCCGUCUCUUGGAUCUCCAGCACCAGAGACCGGCAGCCUCAGCACCACCAGCCAGGCAGGACCAGGCCCAUCCCACAGCUCCCUGGCACUGGAGACCAGCAGUCCCAGCACAGGCAGCCAGGAAGCAUCGGGACUCUCCUCUGGAGCCCCAGCACUGGAGACCAGCGGCCCCAGCCCGGACAGCCAGGCAGCAUCAGAGCCAACUGAUGGCUCCUUGGGACUAGACACUGGCAGCCCCAGCACAGCCAUCCAGGUGGAACUGGGGCCAUCCCACAGCUCCGUGGAACUGGAAAAUGGCAGUCCCAGCACCGCCAGCCAGCUGCCAUCAGGGUCUUCCCACGGUUCCCCAGAGCUUGAGAACGGAGGACGUUCCAGAUCCACUGGGCCCGUGCGAACACAAGGCCGCUCCCGCUUGCAACGUCAGGCACAAAAUCCAUACAGCCGGCCCAGACGUCGCCGUGGGACCAGCCGUGGGCCAUCCCCACGUGCUGAGAGCAGCACCCCCAGCCACGAGGUGCAGGGGCCAUCCGUCUCCCUGGUACCUGAGACCAGCAGCCCCGGCACCACCAGCCAAGAGGCAGCAGGGCCUUCCCCGAGGUCGGUUGAACUGGAAAAUGGCAGCCCCAGCACCACCAGCCAGCUGCCAUCAGGAUCUUGCCACGGUUCCCCAGAGCCUGAGAAUGGGGAACGUUCCAGAUCCCUUGGGCCCGUGCGAACAAGACACCGCUCCCGGUUGCAACAUCGGGCCCAAAAUCCAUACAGCCGGGCCAGAAGACACCGUGAGAGGAGCGGCUCACCAGCACCAAGUGCUGAGAGCAGCACCCACGGCCAGGUGGUUCUGGGGCCAUCACACCUGUCCGCAAUACCUGAGUCCAGCAGCCCCAGCCCUGCCAGCCUGGAGGCGCUGGGGCUGUCCCAGAGCUCCCUGGCAGAGGAAACCAGCAGCCCUAGCCCCACCAACCAGCUGCCAUUGGGGUCUGCCGGCACCUCCCCAGAGCUUGAGAGCAACGGACGCUCCAGCCCCCCGGGGCCUGUGCGAACACGAGGCCGCUCCCGCUUGCAGCGUCGGGCACAAAAUCCUUACAGCCGGCCCAGAUGUCACCGUGGGACCAGCCGUGGGCCAUCCCCGAGUGCUCAGAGCAGCACCCCCAGCCAGGAAGUGCAGAGGCCAUCUGCCUCCCUGGUACCUGAGACCAGCAGCCCCAGCACUGCUAGCCAGGAGGCAUUGGGGCCAUCCCAGAGCUCCGUGGAAGUGGAAACCAGCAGCCCCAGCACUGACAGCCAGGAGUCUUCGGGGUCUUCCAGUAGCUCCACAGAGCAGGAGAGUGGCCAACGCUCCCAGUCCCCUGGGCCUGUGCGAACACGAGGCCGCUCCCGCUUGCAGCGUCGGGCACAAAAUCCUUACAGCCGGCCCCGACGACGCCGUGGGACCAGCCGUGCACGGUCCCGGAGUGCCGACCAUGAUCCCUCUGCACCGACACUAUAA